AUGUGUGAUAGUUUUUCUCAAUUAAACAGAUCUGAUGUUCUAGGACAGUUCAUGCCUUUGGUGGGGAGGGAUUGGUCACAGACAGGUGUUGCACAUCUCUUAUCGGCUAUCAAGGAGAACGGCUAUCAAUUGCUUUUCUUGAGUGCACGUUCUAUAUCACAGGCCUAUCUAACUAGACAAUUCCUGUUUAAUCUUAUGCAGGAUGGAAAGGGAUUACCGGAAGGACCAGUUGUCACAUCUCCUGAUGGGCUUUUUCUUUCUCUAUAUAGAGAAGUGGUUAAAAGAGCUCCGCAGGAAUUCAAAAUUGCUUGCUUACAGGAAAUCAAGGCAUUGUUCCCUUAUGAUAGGAAUCCGUUUUAUGCUGGUUUUGGGAACAGGGACACUGACGAGAUCUGCUACCUCAAGGUUGAAAUACCUGAAGGAAAAAUCUUCACCAUCAAUUCAAAGGGUCAAAUUGUUCUAAAGCGCAACACAGAUACAAUGUCAUACUCCUGUCUACAUGGUUGUGUUAAUGACUUGUUUCCACCCAUAUCCUCAGUGAGCAGCUUACGGAGGCUGACUAUGUGAGAAUAGCUUCUUGAUCUGCAUAUCGCAUGCUAAGAGAAAACACGUGUGAGUGGACUCACAAUGCGAACCUAUGUUGUAAUUUUUCUCUCCUUUUACUUUAUUUGCAUAAAGAGACGAGUUGGUAAUUACAUACUCUAAACUACACAGCUUCAUUCUUUGGCUUAGCCAAAGACAGCUUCACUGUAACUGUAUCUAUUGCUCAUGGAAGUUACUAGCAUGCAUCAAUAGUUGCUUUUUACUCAUUUGCUCUGCGUUCAUGUAUAUAAACAAUUUUCGGAGGAAAUUACAAAUAAGUUCCAUAACGAUCGAA